AUGUAUUCCCUCCAAGCUAUCAUGAUCGCGACCCUUGUCGCUAGCUCUUCUGCUGCGAGCAUCUAUCCCCGACAAAAUGCCAUCGCAUGCAAUGUAGCUCGCUUUCAGAUUGUGGCUGCACUAGCCCAGACAGGCAAUAGUGUAGACAAAAUUCAGGACCAAACUGUGGCUACAGCCGCUCAGGCAGGCCUCGAUAAUGCAUCUGCUGGAAUUGGUCAAAUCGCGAAGGCCAUACUUACGGGAGCAGCUCCGCCAGCUGAUGCUCGCGAUCAGACGGCAGCUGGAAUCACAGCUGCUACCCAAGCGUUGGGAGGUGGUGAUGCAUCUGACUCUGCAGUUGUCUCUGCACAGUCUUCAAUUGCGGAUGCUGCAACAGCUGGGAAGGCAGUUUUAGCUAAUUGCUAG